CUCCCAGGGCGCCGCGGGAAGGAGCGGGCAGGGCGCCGCCUGAGGGCGGGGGGUACGAAAGGGAACCUGCCGCCGGUGCCGCCGCAGGUCGCUUCCCUCAGGUUUAUUGUGAAACAGUUGCAGUGUCAAGGAGAAAUCAGAAGUAAACCACAUACCACAACCAUUCGGUGUUAUCUGAGGAAGAUGCAGUGUUUUAGUGCAUACCUCUGAAAGAGCUGAUCCUGGGUGUGGAAUAGCCUCUGCAUGGCCCAGUUUGGAGCAAACUGAUAAGGCUCCUUGUUUCUUAGCAACCACAGUCUGCCAUAGCCAGAAACCUGCCCCUCUGCAGCUGGAGGGAAAAUUCUGAAUGUCUCAGAUCUGGGUCUUGAGCCAAGACCUGUGUCUUUCCUGGGCAUGGAGGUGCCAUAUGUCCUUCUCUUAACUAGAUUCGUAGCAGAGGUUGCCAGCAAAUCUACUGAAAGUUCGGUUUCAGAAACAGAAUGCUGUGUGGAUAUGCUGGAUUCAAACAGUUCCUGUCCAGUAACCAACCAGUGCAGUCCAGGUUGUUACAGACGAUGGAAUGAGGAUGGUAGUAGCAGCUGCAUUAAAUGCAAAAAUGAAACCCUUCCUGUUUCAUCUGUUUACAAUCUGACUGAAUGCAAAAAUACUGGUAUCAGAGGAAUGAAUUUCCAAAUGAAUAUAAGCACUGUAACUCCUUUCAUACAGAACAUAGGGGGCCCAGAAGUGGCAGCCUCUCUCAUCUUAGGGACAUUUUUCAUCAGUUUAUUCCUGAUUCUGUCUGUUGCUUCUUUCUUCUACCUCAAACGUGCCAAUAAACUUCCUAAUGUUUUCUACAGAAGAAACAAAGCAUCUGUUCUCCAGCCUAGUGAAACAGCAUCUAUGAUACCUCCCCCAGCUUCUUCAGUUCGGAAGCCACGAUAUGUCAGACGAGAACGGUCGCUAGUGACAUCUGCAUCUGCUGCUAUGAUCUCUUCCUCUGAAACCAGGGUCAGCAACGUUUAGCCUUCAUUCUUGACUGAGGACUUUAUAAAUGUACACAGCAUUGAAGGAACUUCUUCUGAAUCCACUGAAGUGUCAGGAAAACAUCGCAAGCAGCUGACCUAAAUGGAAGCUAAAUUACUGUGUCAAAGGGUUUGUGCCAAAUGUUAACAGAGAAAUGAACUAAUGCAAAGAUACUGAUGGGAGGCUACAUCCAGUUCAGUGAACUGCUUUGGUGAUCCUGAAAUGCACUAUUCCAGCUCUGUGGUUCCAUUUGUUUCCUACAGAUGCUGUGUUUAAAAUCUUUAAAGAAUCUGCCUUUCUUUUGUACACUUUCAGCUUUGGCAAGUACUUCUUCCUGUGUUGUGAUGUGUUCUGUGUCCCCAGAGCUGAAUGUCUCAGUGAUGCAGGCCAACACAAAAUACUGGGAUUCCUCAAGGAUGUGGACUCGUUUGAAGGACCCACUAACUAAUGCUAACACUAAGUGCCACUGCUUUAACAUUGUAGGACAAUAUAACAAUACUUAACAUGCUGUAUCCUUUUGAAGCAAAAAUUGAUGCCUCCUCCUGGAGCAUCCUCUUCAGCCUGUGACAUAGCUGACCCUGGUUUUUAACUGUGAAUAUAGACCCGCUAUCCAGAUAUUGUUGUUCUUGGUGCUUUUGAAGGCUGUGGUCAGUAUGGGUCCAAUCCCAAGUGUGGGAAUUCAUCGGGAAGCUUUUCCAAUUGGCUUCGGUGCAGUCCUCGGGUAAAGAGCCAUUUUCUAUGGCUUUGUAAACUGAUAGGCUGCUAUGUCUGUCCUGCAAAGACUGUCUCCGCUGGCUUCCUUCCCUUAACGCAGCAGUUGAAGGGAAACCAAAAUUCCUGCAGGGUAGCUGUGCACCCGGUAGACAUGUCACUGAGUGUUGAGAAGAACAGGUGAGGUCAGGGGGAUUUCUGCCAAUGCAAUAAGGGGUUUCUUUGGUCAAGCCCUUCAGUAACAUGCCUGAUAUCUGCAGGCCAGCACCUUAUGACCGAGCUCAACAAGUAUUUCCUUGUUGAAAGCACUGGAUAAAUAGCCCUCACUCUCAGAUGCUUGUUCUUGCCCGUCCCUUGCCAGCUGUGUGGCUGAGUAGUCACUUGAUCAGGAAAUUAAAGUAGCUGUAAAAUAAUUUUUUUUGGCUAGGUUAUCCUUCACCAAUUUUUUUCCUGUCGUGUUUGACUCUGUUGCCAUGUGAACACAGCUAUCAGCAUAACGGGCACAGUGGUAUGGGCAUAAGAGUGGGUGACUGGGGAAUAAGUGAAAAACCUGAGGUUGCUAAAUUGGUUGAAGUGUCACUGUCACCAUAUGGGAAAUUAUAACUAUGCAGCUUGUGCAUUCCCACCUACCUGUGUUGCUAUUGCCUCUUUUGGUUUAGCUGGCACUCUGUUAUGGGUCUGUGCUCCUAAAAUAAAUUACUUGGAAGCUCUUCAUCAGCAUCCACUGGCAUGAACCUAAACUGGAACAGUCAGUUCUCUUUUUCAGGAAAAUGUGAACAUAACUGUCUUGAGCUGACAUGACACCCAUAUGGAGAGUCCAAAGCCUGUGAUGCAGAUUCCUUUUUCACUGUGGUUAAAAACUUAUUCAAAGCUGAAAGAUGAGAACUGGGAUGGGAGAGAUAUAUUUAUCUUAUUGAAUAGACCUGUUUUAAUGUAAGUUUCAGUGCAGUUGUAUUUACUUUUGUCUCUCUCCUUACAAGGUAAUGAGAUCUCUUUGUAGCAUCCAAACAAGCUGGGGCAAAAAUUUGGGGGUAAAGAACAAACCAUGAAGAGGUCCCCAUGCAAAAAAAACCAAACCAAAACAAAACAAAAACCAAACAACCAACCCCCCCCCCCAAAAAAACAGAACAAAACCAAAACAAAACAACAAACAAACAAAAAAACCCCAACAAAACAAACAAACAAAAAAAAACAACACAAAAAACUCCCCCUGAAAUUCUGUAUGGAGAAACUUAAGAUUCUUUCUAUGACAAUGGUAAGUAAAAUUUUUGUUCUACUGGACAAAACUAAAGAGAGCAGAUAAUGCCAUUUUGACACCCUUCAGCUUUCAAUAUGAAAUGUGCUUUAUAGUUUGUAUGUUCCAAGUUCAGGAGGUGGCAGUUUUGUUUCUGUCAUUUUGAUGUCUUUGUAUCUUUGUGCUGCUGUAAUUUUUUCCACAGGUAGAAAUUAUGUCUGGAGGUCAUAGGUUUUUCCUGAACUUAGUUGCUGAAUAUUUUCCUAACUGCUAAGGAAGAGGAGUAACUAUGCAAAUAAUGCCAAGAAACUGCACCUUUGCAAGCAGGGAGUUUCUGCUUGUGAAUCUGUCAAUGAUAGUGCAUUCUUGUAUUGCUUAGUUGCUAGUAUUUUCUUUCUACACAUAAAUUACCGAAGGAUCAUUCAUGUCAUUGUACAUCUGAACCCUAUCUUAUCCUCAAGUGCAUAUUGUAACUUAGUUUAAUGUCAAGCAUCUAACAUAACAUUUCUCUUCCCCUUCUCAUACUCUUCUUCCACUCCUCCCCUCCCCUUUUAAAUGCAGCAGUUAUUAUUUUUACUAUUUUCUUGUGUUGCAGGAACUAUUCAGCUUUUGUUAUUGCUGUCUGACACAGUGGACUCCUGGUCUAAGCAGUUUCUCAUUCGUUUGCACUGUCAAGUUAAAUAGAUAAUGUGGUGUUUUGGUAUCCAUCUCCCUUCAAAAUAAUAACACAUAUGUAUUUUAAAAAAUUGGCUUUAUGAACCCUGAUAUUUAAUGUAUUUGUAUAUUUUUAAAUUGUGUCGAAAUAAACAUAUUUGAGCCUUUUUCUUAA